AUGAGAUCCAUCUGCAACCAAAGCCCUUUGCCCCAGGUGCUGAACAUCAUGGACAAGAACCUGUCCUCCCACACCUCCCCUUUGCAGGCCCAGCUCACACAUGACUUGGACAUCUACUGGACAGCAGAGGUCAAUGAGAAAGGUGACACAGUGGCCUUGUCCCUGAAGAAGUUCCUGAAGCAGGACACAUAUGACGUGCACCUUUCUCUGUCUGACCACGGCAACCAGGAGCAGCUGACAGUGAUCAGGGCCACCGUGUUCGACUGCCAUGGCCACGUGGAGACCUGCCCUGAAAGCUGGAAGAGGGGUUUCAUUCUCCCUGUGCUGGGGGCUGUUCUGGCUCUGCUACUCCUCCUGCUCGUGCUGCUCUUGUUGGUGAGAAAGAAACAAAAGGUCAAGGAGCCCCUCCUAUUCCCAGAAGAUGACACCCAUGACAAUGUCUUCUACUAUGGCGAAGGGGGGGGUGGCGAAGAAGACCAGGACUAUGACAUCACCAAGCUCCACCGAUGUCUGGAGGCCAGGCCAGAGGUGGUUCUCUGUAAUGACGUGGCACCAACCUUUAUCCCUAUACCCAUGUACCGUCCUCAACCAGCCAACCCAGAUGAAAUUGGCAACUUUAUAAUCGAGAACCUGAAGGCAGCUAACACGGACCCCACGGCCCCACCCUACGACUCCCUGUUGGUGUUCGACUAUGAGGGCAGCAGCUCCAAUGCCAUGUCCCUGAGCUCCCUCACCUCUUCCGCCUCUGACCAGGACCAAGAUUAUUAUCUGAAUGAGUGGGGCAGUCACUUCAAGAAGCUGGCAGACAUGAAUGGUGGCGGGGAGAAAGACUAGGUCACCUCCCAGCAGGGCUGGGGACUCAGUGUCAGGCCAUAGAGCAUGUCCAAGGGGUCUCAGUACCCCCUUCAGCCAAGGACUUUGGAGCUUGUCAGGAAGUGGCUGUAGCAACUUGGAGGAGACAGGCUGCAAGUGUGACAUUAGAGGGGUUGGUUCCUUAGCCUUUGAAAAUGGAGGAAUGUGGGCAGUUUGACGUCAGCACUGAAAACCUCUUCACCUGGGCCAGGGUUGCUUCAGGCCAAGUUUCCAGAAGCCUCUCACCUUCGGUAAAGUGCUCAGCCCUGUGUCCUGGGACAGCGGUGACUGACCCAUGAUCACUUUCUUUCUGGAAUGGACCCUUCUUAGGCCUCCUGGUGCAACUUAAUUUUUUUUAAAUGCUAUUUCAAAAAGUUAGAGGUGGUUCUUGGAAAGCGCAGCCCCGAGCUGCUGGGCCCACUGGCCAUCAAGCGUUUCUGGUUUCCAGACCCCCAGGCCUCCCAUUUGGUUAGAUCUCUGCGUUUUUAUACUGAGUGUGUCUAGGUUGCCCCUUAUUUUUUAAUUUUCCCUGAUGAGCGCUGUAGAUGAAGGGUGAGGACAAUUGUGUACAUGUACUAGAACUUUUUUUUAUUAAAGAGACUUUUCCCAGAGGUUAAAAAAAAAAAAAAAAAUUGAGAGCUUCCAGGGCAUCUCCAUGAUUAUCUGAGCCCAGGUGAAUCCGGCUUUCUGUUGACCAACCCGAGAGUCUGGUCCUCAUUCUCGUGGCACUCCAUGAUAUCUCCAUUGCAAUACCGAAUGGAUGAAGUGGAGGAGAAAGGGUGUCCAUCUUCCCCACGCCCCUUUAGAGACCUGUCUUGGAACUUGUGUAUAUCAGUUUCUCUCAUAUCCCAUAGGCCAGAACCUAGUUCUGUGACUACAAACAGCUGCAAAUGAGACCAGGAAAUACAGAUUAUUUUUAGAAUGGCCAUGUGCCCAGCUAAGGAUUGAUGGUUCUGUUACUGAAGCAAAAGGAGAAAACAUACAUUGGGGACCACUGAUAUCUCUGCCACAUGU